GCCAAGUCACCAGGAGUGGGCCAAACCAAAGCCCAGAGGAUGCAGGAAGUGAAGGUGCAGGCACAGAGGGAUAUAUAGAAGUCCAGUGCGCAUUUGAUUUACCUCAGAUUCUUUUAUUCUCAGAAUUCAGAGGCCCUCUGUGUGCUUCCCACACUAGGCAGAAUAGAGCUUCAAGUUCCUUUCAUGGGAGUGGGCUACAAAGCAGUCAUUCCAAAACUGACUCUAUUGACUUACAGAUAGUCCUAACUGUCCCAAAUAUACUUGUAUUAUAAACAGUUUUGUGAGAAAAAAAAAAAAAGACUUGAUUUUAUGCUGUGUAUUAACAAAGAACAAAGGUCGAGGGGUGUGCGUGUGUGUAUUUGAUUGAUCUUAACUUUGUCAUCUUUGGCUCUUGCCCUCAUAAGGAAACACUCUUCCAGGUAUUCCAAAAUCAGAGAAUUGAAAAUAAUCAGAGAUUCCCACCCUCUCAAAGUGUGGAGAUCUCUGCUUACUAACAUAUCAAUGAGAUUAUUCUUGUGUGAGGUUUGUUUAAUCUCUUCAAUUAAUGCAAUACUGACUUUCCUGAUUUUAGAAACUGAACUACAUAAAAAAGAUAAAAGGAUCUCCUUACUCAUCACAGACGACAGCCAGGAAGGACAGAUCUCAGAUGAACAUAAAGAUCUGGUCCCUGAUGAAGAACAAGAUCUAAUUACAUCAGACACAGCAGAUUUUCAAAAUCUGAGUCCUCAAACCACCUCUGAAAAGCCACAGAGUCUUGAGUUCCUAAAUGACUUUGAAAGCAAAACUGUGGAACCCUAACAGAUCAAAAUGGAUGAAAUGCAUAAUUACUUGGUAGCAUAAUAAAUAUAGAAAGAAUUUAUAUGAAUGUUUAUAUUUAAGGAAGAAUAAUUUGAAAGAUUUAUAUCGGUCUUAGAUAAUACUAUGCCAGGCAAUUAAAUCACUGUGACAGCACAAAGGUCAAAGUUCAGUUAUUUUGCAUUACUGUAUCCACUCAUGUUCAUUUAAUAAUAAUUGGAUUUUUCUCAGAAAUAUUUUGGUGUCAAAUGCAUUUUUUUAUGCUACAUUAAAAUAGAGUUGUCAGUCAUUGCAUCUGCGCAUACAUCUUCUGAAAGAACUUCCUUCUACCAGCCAUACCUAACACCUGCACCUAAGUGGCCAUGUUUGCUCAACUGUCCUCACCACCUUGGCCUCAACUAAUUAGGCCAAACAGAUGCACCUCACUCAAGGAGAGCAACCAUAUUUUCUCUCUCUCAAAAAAAUUUGAACUGAGACCAAUGAGUAAGUUGGUAUCUGGGUCAGGUUAAUGGUAGUGAACAAUGUGCCUGUGAACUCUUCAGAGCUGGUUGGGUUCACCACCUUCAUAAGGACCUGCCUCUGUACCAUUUUUCCUUGGAUGUACUUUGUAUAAGGGUCUAAACAAUAAAUCACACUUUUUUAAAGCUUAA